GUAACAAAUAAGAUAUACAGCACGCCCAACAGUUACUUAUCUUGGAUAAGCAAGGAAAUAACGCAUAAACGCGCUUAUCACCUGACCAGUCGCAGUGUCUCUUUGCAUAUAAAAGCAUCCGCAAAAGACGCACUGCGCCAAAAGCAGCCCAGUGCUCAACAAAUAAAGAUGCUUACAUCAGUGAAAGUGUUCACGCUACUCUUGGCAGUAAUUGCAGCGGCAAAGGCUGUUAACAUUAGACCCUUGCCACCCUACGUGGGUCUACCCACGCAGGAUGGACUGACGCGAUUGUUCUUCAACUCAAAGGUAACGCGUCGUGAUCCAAGAGUAUCCGUAGCUUGCUUUGCCGGCUACAUUGGCGAGUCGAAUCUGAUAGCAGAGCAGUAUAGUGGUGCCUAUAGUGGCUGCCUGCAACAGGCGCAGGAUGCACGGCGCGGCAUUGAUAACGACUUUCUGCACACUCGCCAUAAGAUUGAGUUAUCUGCGAGAAGUGUAUGCGCUUCACUCACAUAUUGCAGCCGCGUUAACGGGACGCUCGAUUCCUUCAACUGUCAUGCAGCAGCGGGUUCAAACAAUACCAUUAGCACCUACAGCAUAUCAGGUAAUGCCUCUGAGGCAGCCACAUUGCUCCAGGAGCGCUAUCGCCUCAUCGACCUGCAUCAUGAACAAUGUAUCCACAAGGCGGAACGCAGCUAUGUUGAAUCUACUGCCAGCAACUACAACUAUUUGCAGGCCUGCUUGGAUGCACGUAUCAAACCAAAGCCCAUACCUACAACGACAAGCUCAACGACGACCACUACGACAAGUACAACCACAACGACUGAGGCCCCUACAACUCCGGAGCCAGAGCCCAGCACCACAGAGAAUCCCAGCAUCCUUGAAGAUCAGUUCAAGCAGCUUUUAAACUUGCUAAACUAAUGGGGCAACGCGUACGCAGUUUCUAUGGCAAAUUGAUCAAGUUCUGAAGCCCCAUGCAAAUAUAUAAAAGUAUUAAAAAGGUUUAACGAAUC